AUGGCUCCGAUCGAUACCGAGUCGCAGUUCAAGUUCCUCAUCGCUUGCAUCAAGCACACUAAUGCUGGCAAGGUUGAUUUUGGCAAAGUGUCUGAGGAGCUGAGCAUCGUCAGCAAGGGCGCCGCUGCCAAGCGAUACGAGCGUCUCAUGAAAGCCCACGGCAUCGACAAGACCAACGGAAGCGGCGCCAGCUCUCCUGGCCCUUCCGGCCCCAGCACCCCGAAGACGCCUGCCAGUGGCCGCAAGAACGCCAACAGCCGCGCCACUCCGGCCAGCAAGAAGCGCAAGCUGGCGGCUCGCGUCGAUGAUGUUGACGACGACGACGACGUCAAGCCUGAGGUCAAGCCUGAGAUCAAGCCUGAGAUCAAGGAGGAGGUCAAGCAGGAGCUUGACAACGCUCCCGACGGUUCGUACAUGAUUGACCCGAAUAAACCCUCAUUUGAGGCCCCUGUGGCCGGCACGCUUCUUCAUACGCCUGACGGGGCUGAACACACUUGCGAGGGCAACGAUGACGUUCUUUUGGUCUCAGAGUCUCGGAGAGAGGACAACGCGGCGCCUGUGGCAUUUGCUCAUCAGGUGCUGCCGCCGCCCCCACCCGAGAACUUCUAUGGCUUCGUCGACCCGGCGACUCAUCUCCAUCCUCCAUCGCAGCCCCCAGCUGCCACGACUGGUGUUCCGAUCUGCUACGAGUACGGCAAUGCUGACUAUACAACACAGGCGAUGACGACUAUUCCACCUGAUGGGCACCACUGGCUUCACCAUCAUGACCCAGCCUUCUUCUGGAGUGAUGCCCGCCUGGAACCACAGGUUGACAUGAAACACGACUGA